AUGAAUCCCAAUCCUGAAGUUGAAUACUACGAAGAUGUACUGCCGUCGUUCGAAAUGCACAAUUACCUGUUCAAUAGAACGCUCUUUGAUACCGAAAGAAUCCCUCAAUCGGGCUUGCCCCAAUACGGGGAAUCGUACCCUGAAUCCACCACUUCUUCGCAGUCUGUAGCUGCUGGGAACCAGAUCUCGCCAAUUGACAAUCCUGAUCUACUUGUACUCAAUAACCUGAAUACCCUUCAGACAAUUGAUCUGCCCCUCAAGGUGUCUAUCGUCAUUACAAAGAAGUUCCCUGUUUUCGGGGAACCCUACGAAAAAGAGUCUCCACUUCGAUGCUACCAGCCUGGAGAUAUGAUUGUGGGAUUUGUGACCAUCGAAAAUAUUAGUACUGAAAUCAUUCCCUUUGAAAUGCUUCUUGUCUCGCUCGAGGGAACGAUGACUGCGCCCCAGUCUCCGAAUAGCACCUGCUCCAAAUAUUACCGACAAACUUUUCUGAGAACAUACGACCUUAGUGCUUGCUUCCACCACGGCUGUAUAAACCCGACUCCAUAUAAGAUGGGCGACUGCUUAUCGAGGGACCCUAUCGAUGACACCAUAUACGGAUUUGGUGACUUGAAACAAAUUUUCCCGGGAGCCAAGCACAAAAAAUGUUUUGCAUUCCGGCUGCCUUCGUAUCUGCUGGAAACUUCUUGCUCCAGUAGCACGCUCGAUCACUUACCAGUGCCUCCUAGCUUUGGGGUGAGUCCGUUUGCUUUAGGUGGCAAGGCGAUGAAUGUUAGAGUCAAUGAAGCUCUAGGGUACGGUAGAGCGGAUGAUGAAGGGACUCCCAUUGUGACCAAUGACUUUAGCGACAGGGGCCUGUCAAUUACAUACACUCUCAAUUUGAGACUACUGGGAAGGCCGCAGGAGCUUUAUAAGAGGUUUUACAAGCGUCACACAACUCAUGACUACCAGUUUAUCAUUGUGAGAGACUUCAGCAUUCCUUUCCGAUUUACAAAUACUAAUAUUCCAGCAUGCUAUGAAGGCAGAGGUGCUGAGCAGCAGAUAGAUAAAAUUGAGCACCAAGUGGCAGAGACGCUUGUUGAUCUCGAAGAACGCCGAGGCUUGAUUGAAGCCGGUAUUACCGACACUAAAGAACAAGACCAGCUAUUGGCAGCAGAGGGUGCUGACAAAAAGAAGCGUCUUGGGUCUCCGGCGGAUCCCGUCUUGAGCACUCCAUCCACAAUCAGGCUCGGUAAAGGCUUUUUGAAAACUGACGCACAAUUCGAGGUUCACAUUCAGAGCACAGAUGGGAUGGCUUUGAGGUCAUUCGAACCUGCUCCUUUGAAACGAGUUGCUUUGGCUUGUACCAAAAGUAGCGCAAGUCAACUUCCGCGAUACAGGCCGUCCACGGUUUCAAGCAGCUCAUCCAUCUUCGAAGGCGUUAGUAUGUCCACGGCCCCUACAGAGCUAAAUACAGAGCUCAACCACAUUGAUUUCCUCCUGAAAACAAAUGACAACAUACUACCUCAAGAGAUUACCGUGAAACCUAGUUUGAAAGCUUUCAACAUAUACUCCAGUCACCAUCUUCCUCUGGUGUUCAAUGAAAAUACUCCUUGCAAGUUUUACGAGACGAGUGGGAUAUUUAAAAUCAAUAGGAAGUUUGAACACUACACGUGGGAGCUACAACGUCUCACAAAAGGAACGAAUCACUCUAUAUCCAAGCAUCUUCGCGAGAAUGUGCUUAGUCUGAACAAGAUGAGAUGUAAAGGGCGAAAUCUUGAUGUUUUCGAGGAGCAACGCUUACGGCUGAAGUGGGAGAAAUCUAAAGAAGGAUUUGUUGCGAACAUUAGAGUUCCUCUGACAUACGACAGCAAGAAAGCAUGCAACGUGCAUUUGAUCCCAAGCUUUCAGACCUGUUUUCUGGCAAGACAGUAUAUUUUGGAGCUUAGGAUAGGAAAAAACCCGCCUUUAGGGGUUCCGAUUCGGGUUGCUUAG